CCCUCCUCAAAGGUGCGCUCAUACCCACGCCACUUCACUUGCAUUACAUCCUUCGACAGUUUUCACCAAAUUACACCUAAACAGAGACGACUUAAAGUGCGAUUUUCUAAAACUACCGAUUUCUCGUUUCCGCGCAUUUGUUUGGACCGACAAAGUGGAAUUUUCCCGAAAUUACCAAUUUCUCGUUUCCGCGCAUUUGUUUGGAGCGGACGCGGCGUCAUAUACUUGCUUUGUGUUGCAUACGUUUAGUGUAUUCGCUGCAAUUGUGCAUAUAGAGUGAACGCCGCGAUAUGUCCCGGCAACGUACACCGUCGAAGUUCACGAAUCCUGGCAUUUCUACAUCACCGUUGUCGGUGACCGACGAAAAUAAUAUAAAGAGUACGCGAAGACAGCCGGACGACGAAACGAGUAAAAAGGGUAAUGAAAAAUUUUGUGCCUGGAAUAAUAAAAUUGACGAAGGUAUCAUUGAAGUAUUAUCGGCCGCGGUGAAAUCGAGUAUGUCGGAUGAACUUCCGAAAAUAUCUGCCACAUUAUCGGAUAUUAACACAUCUUUACUGAGAGUCAAGACAAACAAUAACAAUCUCGAAGAUUCAGUGAGUAAUUUCACUGCUCGUCUUUCCGACAUAGUGAACUCACUGAAUACAAUGUAUCAGCGUCAAGACUCACUUGAGCAGCGCCUAAAUGCCGUCGAGGUGAAUAAUAAAUCCCUGAACCAGUCUUCGGAUCUUAUAAAAGCAUUAGAAACAAAAAUUAAUUACAUGGAACAACAGGGGAGAGACUGCAACAUUGAGAUGUCCAAUGUACCAGAAAACCGCAACGAGAAUCUUAUGCUAAUCGCGACUACCUUGGGUACUGUGAUUAAUCAAAAAAUUGAACAAAGUGACAUUGUGUUUAUACAUCGAGUCCCGCAUGCUUCGCGGGAUGAUACCCGACCCAUGAAUAUAAUUGUCAAAUUCGCCUCAAAAUUCUUACGUGAUAGCGUACUUGUAGCAUGCCGUCGUAAGCGUAUCAAUACUGAGCUAUUAUCAGUAACAGGCCCCGUUCAAUACAUUUACGUCAACGAGCAUUUAACUGUUAAUAAUAAGCUAUUAUUCCGUGAAUGUAGACAAAAGGCUAAAGAUCAUAAUUACAAAUAUGUUUGGGUUAAGAAAGGAGUUGUUUUGGUACGAAAAACAGAUCAUUCACGAGUCUUGGCGGUGCGAACUAUGCACGAUAUAGCCAAUAUAAUAUAAGAGACUUAUGUCACUUUCGUAUAUAAGAUUCAUUACAAUAAUUAUAAAUGUUCUUGGAUUCCUUUCAAUCUAUUCAUAUACAGUUUUAUAUCUGCAACAUUGUGUAUAAAAUCUCGUGAGGUAUGCAGAUAUCCAUAAUGUUUACAUUUCGAAUACACGGUUCAAUACAAUAAAUCAUUAUUAUUUUUAGUAUAUGCUUAAUAACAGAUUAUACGAUAUGUUUAUAUCGAAUGUCUUUUCUAUAAAAUUGUGGGUAAACAGGGACUUGUGAUAGUAUGUGUAUAUAAUACACAAUCAAAUUAUUAAUUUGUUAAA